UUGCCUUGUCCCUGUCCUACCAUCCGUCCAGUUGCUCAAUUCUUCGUUUGAGUGUCUCAGACAACCACCGACACAAUGUCCGGAAGCAACGAUGUCUACCAGACCCCCCUCAACUCGCGCUAUGCGAGCGAUGAGAUGAAGUACCUCUUCUCCCCCCGGAAGCGCUUCUCCACAUGGAGACAGCUUUGGACCUGGCUCGCGGAGGCUCAAAAAGAGCUUGGACUUCCUAUCAGCGCCGAGGCCAUCGAGCAGAUGAAGGCCCACGAGGUUAUCCAGGAUGCCGAGUUCGCCGUUGCCGCCGAGGAGGAGAAGCGCCGGAGACACGAUGUCAUGGCCCACGUCCACGCCUUUGGCCUGGUUGCCCCCGCCGCCGCCGGUAUCAUCCACUGGGGUGCCACCUCGUGCUACUGCACCGACAACGCCGAUCUGAUCCUGCUCCGCGACGGUCUCGACAUCCUCAUCCCCAAGCUGGCUGUUGUCGUCGACAAGCUGUCCCAGUUCGCUCAGCAGUACAAGGACCUUCCUUGUCUGGGCUUCACUCACGGUCAGCCCGCCCAGCUGGUGACCGUUGGCAAGCGUGCUUGUCUCUGGAUCCAGGAUCUGCUGAUGGACCUGCGCAACCUCGAGCGUGCUCGUGAUGAUCUGCGUUUCCGUGGUGUCAAGGGUACCACCGGUACUCAAGCGUCUUUCCUGCAGAUCUUCAACGGUGACCACUCCAAGGUUGAGAGCCUUGACGAGCUUGUUACUGAGAAGGCUGGCUUCAGCUCCGCUUUCAUCAUCUCCAGCCAGACAUACUCGCGCAAGAUCGAUGUUGAUGUCGGCAACGCUCUUGGUUCUUUCGGUGCCACCUGCGAGCGCAUUGGCAUUGACAUCCGUCACCUUGCCAUGCUCAAGGAGGUUGAGGAGCCUUUCGAGAAGGACCAGAUUGGCAGCAGUGCCAUGGCCUACAAGCGCAACCCCAUGCGCUCAGAGCGUCUGUGCUCGCUCGGACGUCACCUGCAGAACCUCCCCAAGGACUGCUUGGACACCUACUCCGCUCAGUGGUUCGAGCGAUCUCUCGAUGACAGUGCCAUCCGCCGUAUCAGCAUCCCGGAGCUGUACCUGACCGCUGACGCCUGUCUCAUCCUUCUGAACAACGUCUCCUCCGGCUUCGUCGUCUACCCCGAGGUCAUCAAGCGCCACGUCAACGACGAGCUCCCCUUCAUGGCCACCGAGAACAUCAUCAUGGCCUGUGUCGCCAAGGGUCUCUCCCGCCAGGACGCCCAUGAGGAAAUCCGUGUUCUCUCCCACCAAGCCGCCGACAACGUCAAGAAGCAGGGUAAGGACAACGACCUGAUCGAGCGCAUCCGCCGCACCGCCUUCUUCGACCCCAUCAUCCCGGAGCUGGACACCCUCCUGGAUGCCAGCACCUUUGUCGGCCGCGCCCCUCAGCAGGUCGAGAAGUUCACCAGCACCGAGGUGGCCGCCGCCAUCAAGCCCUACGCGAGCACCAUUGCCAAGGGCGAGACCUCUGCCCUGUACGUUUAAGGUACCUUAGUACAGCCGUAUUCUGUGUAUCUAUUAGAAUGUGAAAAGUUAUAUAAAAAGACGGAGAGAUAUGGAUUUCCUAUAGAGGAAAGAGAAGGGAGUGACUGUGUAUACAAAUUGAAUGCAAAGCAUUAUGUUCCA